AAUAGGGCUUGGUCCAUCCGUUCGUUGUGCUGGUGAAGGUCGCUGUGUCCUCUGUACGUGCGGCUCUCCCAUCUGCUGCAGGGGGCUGGAUCAUUGCGGGCACUGAGAGCAGAGACACAGGGAGUGGAUUAACACGGGGCUCAGCUCACUGAGAUCAUGGCAGCUUACAGGUUGGUGCUGGUGAGACACGGGGAGAGCACUUGGAACCAGGAGAACCGCUUCUGCGGCUGGUUCGAUGCUGAUCUCUCGGAGACCGGGAGGCAGGAGGCGGCCAGAGGAGCUCAGGCACUGAGGGAUGGGGGUUACCAGUUUGACCUGUGCUACACCUCGGUGCUGAAGCGGGCGGUGCGGACCCUGUGGACGCUGCUGGACGGGAUUGACCAGAUGUGGGUGCCGGUGGUACGGAGCUGGCGGCUCAAUGAGCGGCAUUACGGAGCCCUGACCGGCCUCAACAAGGCGGAGACAGCGGCCAAGCACGGGGAGCAGCAGGUCAAGAUCUGGAGGAGGUCCUUCGAUGUCCCCCCUCCCCCCAUGGGGCCGGACCAUGACUUCUACCCCAUCAUCAGCAAG